AUGGUCUUCUCUGUUCUCUUGCGUACACAAUCUUUUGAAUCACGAAAUGCUAGGCGGGAAACCUGUGCGGAACCAGCCUUGAAGGCUGAUUUUGACGACCUUCAAUCCAAUCUCAUGACGCUCAAAUCUCAACACGACUGCCCAGAUGCUCUCAAGGUCGAAGAUAUCUUGGAAACCAUGUAUCCAGCUUCGAAACGGGCUCACUGCAAACUCUGUUGUGAAUAA